AAUGAAUUGCGAAUAUAUGCGUUGACUUCGAUUCCGAAAGAUUAUGAUAAAAGUGCGGUUUACGUCUCUUUUUUUCUUUCUUUUUACGCAUUGACGAUCGGACGUCGAACAUGACGCGCUAAUGAGAGAGAAAUGUCGGUCUCGAUGGCGACUCGAUGGUAAUUGGGACGAGACAUCAGACGUUAGACAUAGCCACGAAUCCGCAGUUAACGUAUAAUCUGGCAUAAUCUCAUCAUCGGUCGCUUCCGACACACAUUCCCGACACGACCGGCGUGACACUUGAACCAUGGCGGAAACAGAAAAGAGAUACACGCACGCAUAUGGACAGCUGCGUAGAUUAACAAGCACGAUAGAUGGUCAAAUUAGGCAGUUGAGUUCCGAAUAUGGACUCACAGAAGAUCAGGUAGCAGAAUUCAAAGAGGCAUUCAUGCUCUUCGACAAGGACGAAGAUGGCACGAUUACGAUGGCGGAAUUAGGGGUCGUCAUGCGGUCUCUCGGUCAAAGACCAUCAGAGACAGAACUGCGCGAUAUGGUGAAUGAAGUGGAUCAAGACGGAAACGGUACCAUCGAGUUUAAUGAAUUUCUGCAGAUGAUGUCGAAGAAGAUGAAAAGCGCCGACGGAGAAGACGAACUUCGCGAGGCGUUCCGAGUGUUCGAUAAGAACAACGAUGGCUUAAUAUCUUCGAAGGAAUUGCGACACGUAAUGACGAAUCUUGGUGAAAAAUUAUCUGAAGAAGAAGUCGAUGAUAUGAUCAAGGAGGCUGAUUUAGAUGGCGAUGGAAUGGUCAACUACGAAGAAUUCGUGUCGAUCUUAAUGUCGAAAAAUUAGUUCGGAGAUCAAAAGAAGGAUAUAGAUUCGAAGAUAACGAAGGAUCCUUGACGGAGUAGAAUGGAUCCGCCACUCAAGUUCCUCGACUUCGUAGGAUUGCAGCGAGAAAUCGUUUCAUGUCCCAUGAAACUAUAAUCGCAACCGUCGAGAGAAAAAAUCAAAAGCUCGACGACUGAUCGACCGCGGCAUGUACGACAUUGUGAGAUCGCGAAAGCGAAUUGCACCAACAUACCAAAUUUACUCUAUAGCUAAGGCUUCGUGAGAACGACCGGCGUGUUGAAGAUUUCGCGCGUAAGUAGCGCAAGUAGACGAUUGAGGAGACAUCGGAAGUCUUUGGCUUCGAGCGGAAUGCGCGAGUCUCGCCGCGAAUAGUAAUGGCUUCGGCUUUAUGGCCGGAAAACUGAGAGGAGAGACUUUCUUCCGCGAAUUUUGCACAUACGUACACGCAUUAUAUACACAGAUACACCUCGCGCUCCUUCGGACUAAUCUUAUAGACGAAUACUUGAAAUUUUUAGAUAUAACGGAAACGUAACGUAAUGUUAAAAUAAAUAUGUUCAAACGACGGGGGAGGGAGGCGUGACCCGCCGCUACCUGGAACAAUCAACCGAGCUUCGUUUAGACUUUUACGUACCCCCUAAUCUUUAUUCCCUCCUUCCCCUGAUAAUUUUACGGAGCGGAGAAUUUAAAAGUUAUUUAACUUUCCAUCGCCCCUUUGAACAUCUU